UGCAGCGGAACCUUCAAGACCAACUCCAACGAUGAUCACCUGAUUAACCUAAACUCCAAACACUGAUAGAGAGACUGCUCUGCUCCUCCACUUCAAGGAGAAACCUGCGCCUCUUAUCCAGCCCUCAAUUCUAAAACCCUAAUCCAUCUCUGCCUUCUCACUUACCGAUAUCAAACAGUAAAUGGCCUUCACCUUUGCUGCCAUGUCAUCAGUUGGAUCCUUGGCUGCAGCUAACGGCUGUGUGAUGGAUAAGAAACUUGCGUCUUCUUCAAAUAGGUUGUCAUCUUUUGCCUCCAUUUCUGGGAGCUCAUUUAGUAGGAGACAGAAUGUAGUCUUACAUAGAUCACGGUCUCCUAAGAUCUGUGCCAUGGCCAAGGAGUUGCAUUUUAACAAGGAUGGAACAACAAUUAAGAAAUUGCAAACUGGUGUGAACAAACUAGCGGAUCUAGUUGGGGUUACACUUGGACCUAAGGGCCGGAAUGUUGUACUUGAGAGCAAGUAUGGCUCCCCAAAAAUUGUUAAUGACGGUGUUACUGUUGCUAAAGAGGUUGAAUUGGAGGAUCCAGUUGAGAAUAUUGGUGCCAAGUUGGUGAGACAGGCAGCAGCCAAGACAAAUGACCUGGCUGGUGAUGGUACUACAACAUCUGUUGUUCUUGCUCAAGGUCUUAUUGCUGAAGGUGUCAAGGUUGUAGCUGCUGGUGCAAACCCUGUUCUGAUUACUAGGGGUAUUGAGAAGACCUCAAAGGCUUUAGUGAAUGAACUCAAGUCAAUGUCAAAGGAGGUCGAAGACAGUGAGCUUGCUGAUGUAGCAGCUGUCAGUGCUGGGAACAACUAUGAAGUAGGGAAUAUGAUUGCUGAAGCCAUGAGUAAAGUGGGACGUAAGGGUGUGGUGACUCUUGAAGAGGGCAAAAGUGCAGAGAACAGCCUGUAUGUCGUUGAGGGAAUGCAAUUUGACCGUGGUUAUAUAUCACCUUAUUUUGUCACUGACAGUGAAAAAAUGGCAGUUGAAUAUGAGAACUGCAAGUUGCUGCUUGUUGAUAAGAAAAUAACAAAUGCAAGGGAUCUUAUUAACAUUCUGGAAGAUGCAAUCAGGAGUGGAUACCCAAUUCUGAUUAUUGCUGAAGACAUUGAGCAGGAAGCUCUGGCAACUCUUGUUGUGAAUAAACUUAGGGGUGCUUUGAAGAUUGCUGCUCUCAAAGCUCCUGGUUUUGGAGAGCGGAAGAGUCAAUACCUUGAUGACAUUGCUAUUUUAACCGGAGGAACUGUCAUAAGAGAUGAGGUGGGUCUUGCCUUGGACAAAGUUGGUAAGGAGGUCCUGGGUCAUGCUUCCAAAGUGGUACUUACCAAGGAUACUACUACAAUUGUGGGUGAUGGAAGCACCCAAGAAGCAGUAAACAAGAGAGUUGCGCAAAUAAGAAAUCUCAUUGAGGCUGCUGAGCAAGAUUAUGAGAGGGAAAAACUCAAUGAGAGAAUUGCAAAAUUGUCAGGGGGGGUUGCUGUGAUACAGGUUGGAGCACAAACUGAGACGGAGCUUAAAGAAAAGAAAUUGAGAGUUGAAGAUGCUCUUAAUGCAACAAAGGCAGCUGUGGAGGAAGGUAUUGUGGUUGGUGGUGGAUGCACCCUGUUGAGACUUGCAUCAAAGGUAGAUGCCAUUAGAGAUGGCCUUGACAAUGAUGAAGAAAAGGUUGGAGCAGAUAUUGUGAAGAGGGCAUUGAGCUACCCACUCAAGUUAAUUGCCAAGAAUGCUGGUGUUAAUGGAAGUGUGGUCAGUGAGAAGGUUCUUUCCAAUGACAAUCCAAAAUUUGGAUAUAAUGCUGCAACUGGGAACUAUGAAGAUCUAAUUGCUGCUGGAAUUAUUGAUCCAACCAAGGUGGUUAGAUGUUGCUUAGAGCAUGCAUCAUCCGUAGCAAAGACAUUCUUGAUGUCGGAUUGUGUAGUUGUGGAGAUCAAGGAGCCUGAACCGGUUCCUGCUGGCAAUCCCAUGGACAAUUCAGGAUAUGGGUACUAAGGUCAUUGAGCAGCAAGGGGAGAGGAGCAAAGUGGACUAGAGUCAGUCGUCGGAGUAACGGUUGAUUUGUUGGGAGAAUGAGUGAUAUUUUUUAUAAAUUAUAAUCAAAGUCCCAAGUGAAUGGGUGUUAGAAACAGUGGUGAGGAUAGCUUUUACUAGAGAGCGGCGUGUAUCUUGCAAUUAAAAGGACAAUUGCAAUAAUUUUCAAGUUCUAAUCGUGAAUUUACGCACUUCUGACGGCAAGUAGAUGUACUUCUUACAA